UCGGAACGGUGAGUCGUCCAGUCGCAUCUAGUCGCCGCCCGUUCUACCAGUCAGGAGGCACAGGUCUCAGUCCCACACCAUAGCACAAGAGCAACAGCAGUACUCUGUAGUGUGAUUCUGUAUAUGACUCAUCCCCUGUACCCCACGAUGGCAAUGCAGCCACGGCAUGACUUGCUUAGCUAAGUCGCGGCAUUCGUAGGCGGGAUGGUUCGAUUGCUUGUCACGGUUUUCUAACAGGAGGGAAAGGUUUAUAUGCGAGCGUGUAUGUAUGUGUGUUUGCGAGUGUGUGACUUGCAGAAGAACGGGUUUUGCUGGACGAAACUGUGCGGCACUCCGGACACAAAAAUUCGUAGAUAACCUUCCGAAUAUCCUCGUACAGCAUUCGUCUUCUUCACGUGUCUAAGCUGGUGUGCUGGUAGCGUGUGUAGAAACAAAGAUUGUGACGUUGAAAUUUGAAAGAAGCAUAAGGCAGAAGCACGAGGUCCCGAGUUUCAAGGGAUCACAGCACUGGUGCCAAAGGCACCUACAAGAAGAUACCCCCACGAACAAGUUGAGCUGUGUAAGCCGCGCGGUGGCGGUAAUAAUAGGAGAAGCUAUCGGUGGUAAGGUAGUUACAUGGUACUAGAACACGCUACACUCAAUGGUAGUGUUGCUCGUCCGCUGGGCAAGAUGUGGCAAUCGGGGCUCCUGCGACUACUGCCGCUGCUUGUACUCUGCUUGGUCCAGAUGAACGAGGCUUUGCGCAGCGUACACCCGAAGUCGAUGGCGGCGGGCCGGCUGGAGAACGUUACACAGACAAUAUCCCGCAUACUGGAGGGCUACGACAUAAGGCUUCGACCCAACUUUGGCGGUCAACCACUGCACGUAGGCAUGGAUCUGACGAUAGCGAGCUUCGACGCAAUCUCAGAAGUGAAUAUGGACUACACCAUCACGAUGUACCUCAACCAGUACUGGAAAGACGAGCGUCUAGCGUUUAAUGCAUACGCGCUAUGGGGCGACAAUCAGCACGAUCACACAUCAGGCGGCGACAUCAUGAUCGAGGACGACGGUGCCAACGACGUCAUCACGCUGUCCGGCGACUUCGCCGAGAAGAUCUGGGUCCCGGAUACCUUCUUCGCUAACGACAAGAAUAGUUUCCUGCAUGACGUGACCGAGCGGAACAAGCUGGUCCGCUUGGCCGGUGACGGUGCGGUGACGUACGGUAUGCGCUUCACCACCACCCUCGCCUGUAUGAUGGAUCUGCACUACUAUCCGCUUGAUUCACAGAAUUGCACGGUCGAGAUCGAGAGCUACGGCUACACGGUGUCGGAUGUGGUGAUGUACUGGCGCUCGACCCCGAUCCGGGGCGUAGAGGAAGCCGAACUGCCCCAGUUCACCAUCAUCGGCUACGAGACCAAUGAUCGUAAGGAGAAACUGGCGACCGGCAUCUAUCAGCGACUAUCGCUGUCGUUCAAGCUGCAGCGCAACAUCGGCUACUUUGUGUUUCAGACCUACCUACCCAGCAUUCUGAUCGUGAUGCUGUCCUGGGUGUCGUUCUGGAUAAACCAUGAGGCGACGUCGGCCCGCGUCGCGCUCGGUAUCACCACCGUGCUGACGAUGACAACCAUCAGCACGGGCGUGCGGAGCUCUUUGCCACGCAUCUCCUACGUCAAGGCGAUCGACAUCUAUUUGGUGAUGUGCUUCGUCUUCGUAUUCGCCGCUCUUCUUGAGUACGCCGCGGUCAACUACACAUACUGGGGGGCCCGGGCAAAAAAGAAGUGCAAAAAAAACAAGGAUGCAGAGCGGAAGGUGUUCGGCAAGACGGAGAAGACCACCUGUUCGACGGACGACAUCAUCGAGCUACAGGAUAUACGAAUGAGCCCGAUAGCAUCUUUGCGCAACCGUCACUACCCGAACUCUGCUGCGGCCUCUAGUGAUAGUGCGAGCGCGGCUGAAACCGUGGAUUCGGCCAAGUUCCCGCCGAGUUUCCGGAUCGCCCGCUCAUACGGCUCGACCACUCGCAGCGGUCUCCGGUAUCGUAAUGCGCGUGCUCAGGGCCGGCCAAAAAUGCUGCACGCGAUCAAGCGCGGGGCCUCAGUCAUCAAGGCGUCGAUACCAAAGAUCAAGGACGUGAACGUGAUCGAUAAAUACUCGCGUGUCAUCUUUCCCGUCAGUUUCGCCGCCUUUAACGCGGGCUACUGGAUCUUCUAUGUGCUGGAGUGACCGGUUACUACCGCCGUCUAGGGACAUCGAAAUGUUCUGCACAGAUCCCCGAAGUCCCUGUGGUAAUAUCACACACAUCACAUCAACCUAGUAUACUGAACGCUUGUCUCAAGUGGAAGAGUUGACAAAGACAAAUAGAGAGAGGGACAAAUAGAACCAGCGAGAGAUAGAGAG